AUGUUUUCAAGCCGGCGCCAGGCCAGAAUAGCGCUCGCCCUGCUUGUGCUGGGGGCCGUCCUGGCUGCAGUCUUCUCGGGGGCCUCAUAUUCUUCGUCCUCGGCUUCUUCUGCCCCUGCUUCGGCUGUGUCUUCAUCAUGGCUGCGACGUCUGCGCCGGUCUGUCCUCUCUGAAGGCUCGCUGACGGCCGUCCUGCCGACAUGGGCACAUCUGACGGCCUCCUUUCUGCUUGCUCGACAGGCCCCCAUUGUCGUCCUGCGACAGGGAACCGUCAUGGGCACGAUUCGUGACGAUAGUGAUUUCCCGCAGCCGCUGGAGGCCUUCCUGGGCGUCCCCUAUGCUCUCCCGCCGACGGGUCAGAGGCGCUUUGCCAGGCCUGAGCCGGUCGGGAAGUCUUCGCGGAAAAUAGAUGCCUCUCAAUAUGGUCCUAGGUGCGUUGCUGGCUCCCUCGACGGGGAUGACUGGGGGGAAGACUGCCUGAGCGCAAACAUAUUCCGUCCCAUGGAGACCAAAGCAGGACAGAAGCUGCCGGUACUCGUCUAUUUCCAUGGAGGAGCCUUUAAUUUGGGGGCCGGCCGAUUCCACAAUACCGCUGCUCUUCUGGCUUGGUCAGAGAAGCCGUUCAUUGCUCUUAACUUCAACUAUCGUCUCGGUGCCUUUGGCUUCCUGUCCGGGGUAUUCAUGACGGACACCAACCUGCUCAACGUUGGCUUACACGACCAACUCAUGCUCCUCAAAUGGAUCCAGGAAAACAUCGAGCAGUUCGGUGGUGACCCAAACCAGGUCACCAUCAUGGGCCUUUCGGCUGGUGCUCACUCGAUCGGCCACCAGGUGAUGUAUACAAAAUAUAGCAGACGUCCACUUUUCCAUAGAGCAUUACUGGAAUCUGGAGCGACCACUGCUCGUGCUGUCUACCCUUCUGAUGCUCCUCUGCCUUCAGUGCAAUUCGACGAGUUUGUCCUUGCUUCCGGCUGCUCCAACAUUGACAGGGAUGAAAUAAUCUCCUGCCUCCGUGAAAAGCCCGUCAGGUCUAUUGGACAGGCCUCGAUUGACAUAUUUAACCGUUACAACCCUUCUGAUCGAUGGGCCUUCCAACCGGUGAUUGACGGUAAGAUCAUCCGGGUACCGCCCAUACUCGCCUGGGAGUCUGGUAUCUGGAACAAGGUCCCUAUCCUUGCUGGCUUCAACACUGAUGAGGGAUCUCCUUUUGCGCCUAGCCGCCUCGACUCUUCGGAGGACUUCACCGAAUUCUUCAAGGAAUUGAUACCCGCUCUGUCUGAGUCGGAUUUGGAAGAACUCAACAAUUUAUACCCUGAUCCAGCCGUUCAUGCCGAAUCGCCGUACCUCGACACUCGCCCCAUAGAUGUUGGCUCUCAGUACAAGCGUGCAACGGCAGCAUAUGGCCAGUACGCAUACAUAUGUCCCAUCCAACAGACCGCGUACCACGCCUCGGCAGGCCAACCUGCUCCCGUCUUCCUCUACCACUGGGCCGUAAACACGACCGUUAAAGGCGGUGCAAGCCACGGAGAUCAAUCUGCGUACGAACUGUACAACCCCGGUAUUCGAAAGGUAUCCCAAACCCAAGACUUGCUUGCGGGAUAUUUACAUGCCUACUUUACUUCCUUCGUCACCACUGGAGACCCCAACGGCAUAAAGGGCAGAUACGCUGACAGACCCAAAUGGGCUCCCUUUACGCCGACGGCAAAGAGUAGCACCAUGGUGAUGGGAGAAGGGAACGAUGAGCGUGCUGGUGGGGACAGUAUCGGUAUCGUAGCCCGGAUGGGUAAUAUCAGCUAUACCAAGGAGGAAUGUGACUUUUGGUGGAAGAGGACCAUCUUAUCAGAGUCGUGA